AGCGGCGUUCAUAGGAGGAUGCCUGUGAAGCAAUCGCACACAGGAAAGAAAGGUGGGUCAGAGAGGGAAAGAGAGCGAGAGCGAGAAUUUUAAUCGCAGCACGGCUCUCCCUUCUUUUUCUGUCUCUCGCUACAUCUCGCACACCAAAAGCAGCAUCAGGAUGCCCUCAAUGGCUGCCAUGAAUGAAACACAAAAGGUGGAAAAACUUGCAAGCAGCCUGAACAGCUUUUGGCAGGCAGAGGCAGUCCGAGGAGUCCAGAUUACGGCGACCGUGCUCAUUUUCCUGGUGGGCGUACCUUUAAACGUGCUGGUGGUUUGGGCGCUCGGACAACGGCAACGCCGUCUCAUCCGCAGAGGCAGCAAGGAAGAGACUCGCGCCGCCAGCAGUUUCCGAACCUACGUCCUCAACAUGGCCCUGGCGGACCUGGUCCUGAUCCUGCGGACGCCCCUCAUGUUGGGAUACCUGGCUCACAACAACAGUUGGCCGUUCGGUUUGGCCUUGUGCCGGCUGGUCAUGUUCCUGCGAGGCUUGGGUUUGUACAUGUCGGCCUUCCUGGUGUGCGCCGUGGCCCUGGAGCGAUGCCUUUGUCUCCUGAAGCCCGUGUGGGCUCGCUUGCGGCGCCCCGCCUGGGCCGUUCCUUUGGCCUGCGGCUUGUCCUGGCUGCUGGCCACCAUCCUGUCCGCCCCUUACCUGCACAGCGCCGUCCUCAAAGAAAUCAACGGCACAUACCAGUGCCUCGAGAGUGGCAAGUUUGACACGGGGCUGUUUGUCACCGAGACUCUAGCGGGUUUCAUCUUACCCUUGCUGGUGUUUUUGGGAAGCAAUUUGGCCAUCCUGCUGACGAUUCGGCAAUCCGUGCCCGUUAGCCCGACCGUUACCUCCCCGGUGGCUUCACGCAGGAUGUCCAGGAUGUACCAGGUGCUCUUUUUGACCAUGCUGCUCUUUCUCAUCUGCUGGGUGCCCUACUUUGUGUGCCGAUUCCUGCGGGCCCUGGCCGAAGGACAACCGGACGCGGCCGCACUUUAUACGAGCGCGUCAUACGGAACGUACAUCUCUCUGUACCUCGUGUACACCAAGAGCGCCCUCAACCCGGUCCUCUACGUAUUCGCCGCCCGAGGCCUCGGCCGUGCCGUUCGAGCUUCGGUCACCUCCACCAUCGAACGACUCUUUAACGAUGACUCCACAGAGUCCGUUCGCAAAAGAUCACUCAAAAACUCGCAGAUUUAGCAAGCGGACUCCAAGCAAAACGCAACUCACGCUAUUUGUUUCGUUGAUCGGAAACGAUCCAGUCACCAUGUGAUAUUGACCGUUUCUCAGCACCUGGCUCAAUUCAAUUCACGUUAAAAGGUUCGAGUGCGGACCGAGACGCAUCUAGGUGAAGUCGGUCUUGUUGAUAAUUGCACUACUGUUUACAAAUAUCACAUUCAUUGUCAUUUACUGGGGUGGGGAUGGCAAUGGCUAGUAAGCGGAAAGGGGCGUGGCCUGGACGGGGCGACCAAUCACAACAAGUAAGACAUCAUACACGUCCAAUCGCAGGGCUGCUUACAAUCGGAAGAUGGGAAAGACUGAUCGGGCGAGCUCGUGAAAACUCGACGAUAAGCUACCUGACUCCCCCUCAAUUUUUUUCGCAACGGAUUUAGACGAUUCACAAAAAUGAUCAAUUUAAGAAAUAAAACGGCGGAUUUCCGCGGAAAUUUACCAUUCCUGACUGGGGGGGAAAAAAAGAUAAGGCUGUCAUUUUUUUUUUUUACCCAGUGCAAAGUUUUCCACAAAAAUAAAGUCAACGUUUUAACGUUGUUGAGCUACUAUGCUAGCUAGCACAUAAUAUCAGAGUGUGGCUGCGGGUUGCCCAUCUCUGAACUAGACCAUAUAGAUAAGAUAAGAUAAGAUAUCCUUUAUUCGUCCCACACUGGGGAAAUUUACAGCCUCCAGCAGCAAGAAUGUUGCUAUAAAUCUUGCCAUUGAUUGAAUGCCACAUUGAGUCCCCCUGAAUCUGUUUCAUCUCCAUAUUUUUCCAACUGAGUGGGAAGACCCUUUUGUGUUGGAGCAUGACAAUCAAGUUCCACAAACCACGGUUUGAUGAGUGUGCUGCGGAUGAAAUUGAGAGUCCUGUACCCUCAAAACAACUUUGGGGUGAACUGAAAUUAAUAUUGGGAGUCAAAAUCAGUAACGUCUGACCUCACAGACGGUCUUUUGGAUCAAUCAGACAAAAAUUCCACAUAUAAAACAUCCACCCUGGAUGGAGUUGAUGUGUAAAAAUGUGGAGAUGUGGCACACAAUAUAAUGUGCUAAAGAGUAAAGGAUUGGGAGCUUCUCAAUAUUUGGUGUGGGAAUACUUUUAUUCUUGCAAAUGUAGACUUUGUAGAAUUCUACACGUCAUUUAAAAAAAAAAGUGUCUCAGAGUUAAAAAAAAAAAACACGGUAUCAACAAGAAGCUACAGUGAACAAUUCAAAUUGACGAAAGCUGAUCUACAUUGUUGCUGACGUGCUUAUGGAAGUUGGGUGCUUGGCGUUUUUUUUUUUCCUGUUUCUGACUUCUGCAAGAUUGCUUCCAGCUUGCGCGAGACCGUCUCACAAUCUUUGUCCGGGACCUGUUUUCUCAAAAGAGCCUGAGGAAAAAUAAAAACUUGAAAGCACCGAGGAA